AUGGGCAAGCUCAGUAAGCAGUAUUUUCAACAAGGACAGCUUCCUAAGAGCCAAAAACACACCAAAAACAAGAAAAAACCUGUAAAGAUUACAUAUAUUUCCAACCCAACAUUGGUUAGAGCUACCAAUGCUUCUGAGUUUCGAGCAAUUGUUCAAGAAUUAACAGGCAAAGACUCCAAAGUGUUAGAUACUUGGGAUCCUGAUCCUUAUACAACUAGUCAUGAAGAAGCUGCUAGCCAAGUUCCUAACUAUGAAUCUCCUAGCUCAAAGAUAGAUAGUGAAAGCGUAGACGAUGCUUUCUCCAGCUAUACAUCUUCAUCACUAGAACUGGAUGAUGGUUCCUUUUGGAGAAAUAUCUCAGAGAGUUUCUUCGAGUUUAACUCUCCUCGUGUUUUUGUAUGA